GUUCUUACUGUUUCCCUUCUAGCGCAGUCAUGGUUGAAAUUAGGAAGAUCUGCUGCAUCGGUGCGGGCUAUGUCGGGGGACCCACCUGCAGUGUCAUUGCGCAGAUGUGCCCUGAGAUCAAGGUGACGGUUGUGGAUGUCAAUGAGUUAAGAAUCAAUGCGUGGAAUUCUCCUACCCUUCCUAUUUAUGAGCCAGGACUAAAAGAAGUAGUAGAAUCCUGUCGAGGAAAAAACCUAUUUUUUUCCACCAAUAUUGACGAUGCCAUCAAAGAAGCUGAUCUGGUAUUUAUUUCUGUGAACACGCCGACCAAAACCUACGGCAUGGGCAAAGGCCGGGCCGCGGACCUCAAGUACAUUGAAGCCUGUGCCAGACGCAUCGUGCAGAACUCCAACGGGUACAAGAUCGUGACCGAGAAGAGCACAGUUCCCGUGCGGGCGGCAGAAAGUAUCCGUCGCAUCUUUGAUGCGAACACAAAACCCAACUUGAAUUUGCAGGUGCUGUCCAACCCCGAGUUCUUGGCUGAGGGCACGGCCAUCAAGGACCUGAAGAACCCGGACCGCGUGCUCAUUGGAGGCGACGAGACGCCGGAGGGCCAGAAGGCCGUGCGGGCCCUGUGCGCCGUGUACGAGCACUGGGUGCCCAAGGAGAAGAUCUUCACCACCAAUACGUGGUCGUCGGAGCUUUCCAAACUGGCAGCAAAUGCUUUUCUGGCCCAGAGGAUCAGCAGCAUUAACUCCAUAAGUGCCCUGUGUGAAGCAACCGGAGCGGAUGUGGAAGAGGUAGCAACAGCCAUCGGAAUGGACCAGAGAAUCGGAAAUAAGUUCCUGAAAGCCAGUGUUGGUUUUGGUGGGAGCUGCUUCCAGAAAGAUGUUCUGAAUUUGGUUUACCUCUGUGAGGCCCUGAAUUUGCCUGAAGUAGCUCGUUACUGGCAGCAGGUCAUAGACAUGAACGACUACCAGAGGAGGAGGUUUGCGUCCCGCAUCAUUGACAGCCUGUUCAACACCGUCACCGACAAGAAGAUCGCGAUUCUGGGCUUCGCCUUCAAAAAGGACACUGGCGAUACGAGAGAAUCCUCCAGCAUCUACAUCAGCAAGUAUCUGAUGGACGAAGGUGCACACCUGCACAUAUAUGACCCGAAGGUGCCCAGGGAACAGAUAGUCGUGGAUCUUUCUCAUCCGGGGGUUUCACAGGAUGACCAAGUGUCCCGACUUGUGACCAUUUCCAAGGAUCCCUACGACGCGUGUGACGGGGCCCACGCUGUGGUGAUUUGCACUGAGUGGGACAUGUUUAAGGAGCUGGACUACGAACGCAUCCAUAAAAAGAUGCUCAAGCCAGCCUUUAUCUUCGACGGGCGCCGCGUCCUGGAUGAGCUCCAUAGCGAGCUGCAGACCAUUGGAUUCCAGAUUGAAACCAUUGGCAAGAAGGUCUCUUCCAAGGGAAUUCCGUACGCUGCUUCUGGUGAGAUUCCGAAGUUCAGCCUUCAGGACCCGCCCAACAAGAAGGCCAAAGUGUAGACAGCAGGGUUUUAUUUAUGGCUGCUUUGCUACUUCAGCAGAGCAGAUUCUGAUAUGAAAUUGGUAAAUGAACCAAGUUGUUUUUAAGGAAACAAUUAUUUUUUUAAUCAUCGAGUUUAUACCAGCUAUAUGUCUAUUAGCGUAUCUGAGAAUUAUGAAUCUAGAAUAUUUUUACACAUUUUUAUAUAAUUAGCUCAGUUAUUAGGUGGAUACAAAAUGUUAGUUUUAAUCAUGUCAAUUUUUUUGUAAAAUAAAAAUGAAACUUAAAAACA